AUGUCUUUGGGAAAGAUCCACCUAGUCCGCCACGCAGAGGGCCUACACAACCUCUUCAACAACCCUUCCCUUCGCGACCCAUCCCUAACCGAACGAGCCUUCUACCGGGCCGAAACCCUCAGCAGCGAGUUCACCGAAGCAAACUCCAACACUGUUGGAGUAGUUCUUACAUCUCCACUCCGUCGCACGAUCCAGACCUCGCUCACUGCGUUCCCGCGAAUCCUGCACAGACGUUACUACCCGGUGGGCUCUGGACGAGGAGGAGUCCCCAGUGAGGCUGAGGAAGGUGUCAACUUGGUGCUUGAUCCAGAUUUGCAGGAGAUAGGGAUCGAGCCCGCUAACACGGGGUCUGAAUCGCACAUGUUGGAGUCCUGGUUUCCGGAGCUUGAUUUCAGCAGUCUGCCAGAGGACUGGCAUCUGAAGAAAGGAAAGUGGUCGCCUGAUCCGGCCGCCGUUAAGAGUAGAGUGGAUAGAAUCCUACACAAAUUGGAAGAUCGGCUCGCAAAUCUGCGAGAUACUGGGAGGAAAGACGUGGUUGUCGUAACUCAUGCAGGUGUUAUUGCUGCGUUGAAGCCAGGGCUGGAUAUGCCGGUAGCUUCGUGGAAAAGCUUCGUGCUCAAGAGAGAGAGCAACGGAGAACUCUCUCUUAAGGCGGUAUUCUCACCUCCUUAG